AUGGACGCCAGCAACGGGCAAUCGGAACGAAAUCAAUCUAACAACAAUAAUAAACCAGCAAAAUCCAACCAAAAUGUGCAGGUUUAUGUGCGCGUUCGCCCAACGAACAACAGAGAGAAACUGAUUCGCUCACUGGAAGUUGUAGAGGUGGUAUCGAACCGAGAAUUACAGCUUAAAUCAAAUUACGCCGAUUCGCGAACGUCAAAAAAAUUCACUUUCGAUCGAGCUUUCGCUCCAAACUCAAAACAACAUGAAGUGUACCACGCAGUGGUGGCUCCCUAUAUCGAGGAGGUGUUGUCCGGUUUCAACUGCACAGUAUUCGCUUAUGGGCAGACCGGAACCGGUAAAACAUUCACCAUGGUAGGUGAGGAAGAGCCCGAGUUGAGCGCGGCCUGGGAAGACGACACCCAAACGGGUAUUAUUCCACGGGCAGUUAAUCACCUGUUCGAUGAGCUACGAAUGACGGAAUUGGAAUUCUCUAUGCGUAUAUCUUAUCUGGAAUUGUACAACGAGGAGCUGUGCGAUCUUCUGUCGACUGACGAUACAGUUAAGAUACGCAUAUUCGAUGAUGUCCAGAAAAAAGGAUCCGUUAUCGUACAAGGAUUAGAGGAAAUUCCAGUGCACAGCAAGGACGAUGUGUACAAGCUGCUGGCCAAAGGCCAAGAACGACGUAAAACAGCUUCGACCCUAAUGAAUGCUCAAUCUUCCCGAUCGCACACAAUUUUCUCCAUCAUAAUACACAUCAAAGAGAAUGGCAUCGAUGGUGAGGAAAUGCUCAAAAUUGGAAAGCUCAAUUUGGUUGAUCUUGCCGGUAGCGAAAAUAUUUCAAAAGCUGGCAACGAAAAAGGCAUCAGAACCCGCGAAACGGUCAAUAUCAAUCAAUCGUUGCUUACGCUUGGUCGGGUAAUUACGGCACUGGUUGAGAAAACGCCUCAUAUUCCGUACCGUGAGUCGAAGCUCACGCGCCUGUUGCAAGAAUCGCUAGGAGGGCGAACGAAAACGUCUAUUAUCGCCACUGUGUCACCGGGGAACAAAGAUUUUGAGGAGACCCUUAGCACACUCGAGUAUGCACACCGGGCGAAGAACAUCCAGAACAAACCGGAAGCGAAUCAGAAACUUUCCAAGAAAACAGUCAUAAAAGAGUAUACGGAAGAGAUCGAUCGGUUGAAGCGGGACCUGAUGGCUGCCCGUGAUAAGAACGGCAUCUAUUUGGCGGAAGAAACGUACAACGAGAUGGUUUACAAAUCCGAAUCCGCCACCAAGGAACUCAACGACAAGUCUGCUCUUAUCAAGGCAUUAAAAGACGACCUAGCGAAAAAGGAAACAAUUUUUAAGGAGGUGUACAGCAGCCUAACCGAACGAGAGGAAGAACUGCGACGCACCACAGAAGAUCUGGGACACACACGAAUGGAGCUCUCCAACACAAAAAGGAAUCUUUCGCAAACAAAACGAAAAUACGUCGAGAAGAAGGUCAUCCUCGAUCAUCAUCGCAAAACUGAACAAACACUCACCGGACAGGCAAAAGAGUUGAUAAACGUUGUGGAAAUGGUAACCGAAGACACGCACGGUUUGCAUGACACUGUUGAUCGUCGUAAGGAAAUCGAUAGCAAAAACAAAAGUGCAUCGGAACAGUUCAUCGAUCGCGUGAGGCUUCAAAUUUACACGAUCCAGGACGACGUUGGCAAAUUAGCUACAGAAUGUAACCUGUUGACUGCUGACAUGAACUUAGGGUGGAAAAGCUGUAAUGAGCAAGAAGAAAAGACACAUCUCGAGACAAAGGGCUAUUUGUCGACGUUGGAAACGGUGUGCUAUAGUUUACUUCAACAGAAAACAACUCUCGUCGAAGGUUUCAAAGUAGCGAUGGGUGGUAAAUUGGAUGAACAAUACGGGGACGCUAUCCGGUAUCUCGAAGAAGUGGAUAAGUCCCGUGGGGCGCUGAUGCAAUCGUUCUCAGCUGCGCUGGAAAAAGCCAAAAAUGGCAUACGCGGUGUGAUAGAUUGCCAAUUAGAGGAAACACGGAAGCAGUUUGAUCGAAUGAUAACACAUGGUCGCGCUUACGACACGAAGUGUAUAGAAUUUUGUAACACAUUCUCUGAGCGUCUGUCUGAGUUGGAAGCAAUAGCAACGGCUUUCGAGAGAAAUCACAAACGCUUGGAAGAAUACGCUGCUCAUUCGAAAGAAGAGUAUCGAAAAGAGACAGAAGCGCUUAAGGAAUAUGAGCAGAACGUGAAAACGUUCCUCGAGCGAAUGGCCACUUCCAAGCAGAGGCAAAUGAAACUUUCCGAUAUCGUUUCUGACGUUUCUAAUGAGCUGAACAAUCAGGGUAAGGUAGCAUCGGACCAGUUAUUCGGUCUUCGUGAAUCCAUCGAGCAGAAGAAAGUCAUUGCUCAAGAAUCAAGCUCUGAAAGAGAUCGUCACGUUGACGAGUGCGCUUUAUUGUCGCAGCAGCACAAUCUGAAAGCAACGGAAGAGCUAGACAGUGUGAACCUUGUGGCAGUGGAGGUUUGUAACCAACAAUUGGGCAGCACAAUCCAAGAAGAACACGUCCGAUUGUGCAAUGCUCAAAAAGAUAUUCACUACAGUAUCGAAGAGUUUACAAGCAAUUUCGAAGCACAAAACGUACACUUCAAGCAAUCGCAAGAAAAAAGCGUCAAACUUGUGGUUGAAAGUUUAGACGCCCAGCAAACCACACGGGAGCAGUUCUGUACCGCUAAUCGCGACUAUAUUCAACGCAUUCGUCAAACUGUUGAAUCCUAUGAGCGAAGGGCAAAGGAUAAUCAGUUGGUCGAGCUGCAGGGCGAAUUCGAGCGUUUCCAUGAAAAAGAUUUGACAUUCUAUCAAUCGACGGGAAAAACACCGAUCCGGAAAAAGGUGCAAUACCCCAGAGAUAUUGCUAUGACCUCACCAGAUGAUCGUAUUGUACGACGGUUUUGGCGUGAAAAGGGCAUUCACGAUAUUGAUCUUUCCAUGACGAUAUGCGAGGACAUCGAAGAGAUAAACCCCAUCGAACGUUGCCACAACAGAGAUCCAGAAAUUCGUAACUCAACACCACUCUUUCAAAGAUCUAACAUCAUGAACAUGGAUCAAGAUCGGCAACAUUUGAAGGACCUGCAGAUAUCAAACAUCGGUCCUAAAAUUCACUCUGUGCAACUGUUAGAUGACAGUGUGGAAGAGAACAAAGAAAAUCAAGAACUCGACCGGAGGGAUAUUCAUCACAAACAGGAAGCUGGUGUGAAAGAAACAUCCCAGAAUGGUCAUACCGCGUUUAUAAUUAUGUCCCCAUAG